UCUUGACAGACAUUGUCCAACAACUUUUGGACACUAGGAAGAGGUGAAAGAAGACAAUAUCUUUGUUUGUGAAGCGAACAGCUGCUAACUAACAACAAAAAACGUCAGGUAAAACAGACUGUCCGCAUUACGCCAAAGCGGAACUACUGGCAGACUGUCUGCAGCAAACUCUGCCAGACUUCAGUGUCCAUAAGAUCUCCAUCGUCCCACACGAAUGGAAGGAAUGGCUGGAGACCACCUGCAAAAGAAAUGGCUGGAAACACGAGCAGUCCCCUUUGGUUUGGAGAGAACUGGUGGCCCAAGGAGGGAAAGGGACGCUCAUAGGGGGCUUCAGUGACUUCCUAGAGCAUUGUCAGGUACGCACACAUGAGCUUUCCUUAAAUUAAAAUCACCUCAGACACAUGCACGGUUUCUUUAAUCCAUGGUUGUGCAGGGCUUCUACAGCGUCACAUCUGACAUGCCUACUGAGAUGAUGCUGAGCGUUGCAGCAGAGAAUCUGCAAACCAAGAUGAGCCUUGUCGAAGAGGAGCAGCAUCGUUUGAGUCUCAUCAAACCUGUGCACAUAUGGAUCACCAGUGCUCUCAGCCCAACCUGCCACUUCCUGAUCCCCAAUCUGCUCUCUGCUGAGGUGUUCCCCCACAUUUCUGCAAUCAGCCUCCACCUACUGGACCUGGAGGCGAGCGAGGAGGAACUGCAGGGGGUGAAGAUGGAGGCUGAAGACCUGGCACUCCAUCUGCUCUAUCAAGUGACCAUUCACACAGAUCUGGAACAGGCCUUCCAGGGAGCAGAUGUAAUCCUCCUGCUGGAUGAGUGCUGGUCUGAUGACGGCAAAACAGAGGAUGAGGAGGAAAAGAAGAAGAAACAAGUAAAGCGGAUCUCAGACAGGUACAGAACAUACGGACAGCUGAUUGACACAAGGGCCAACAAGGAGGUGAAGGUGAUGGUGUCCGGCGACUCGUUCGUCAACCUGAGAUGCUCACUCCUUUUGGACAACGCACGCUCCAUCGACAGCUAUCGAUUCAUCUCCAUGGCGACACAGCUGGAGAAUGAAGCCAGGGCUAUUGUUGCGAAGAAGCUGAAAGUGAAGACUUCAGAUGUUACAAAUGUCAUCGUGUGGGGAAACAUCAGUGGUAGUUUCUACGCUGACUUGCAGAAGGCGAAGGUUUUCAACUAUGAUGGUGCAAUCAAAGGACCGGCUUUCUUCUCCCAACCAGUCCGAAAGAUUCUCCAUGACAGGAAAUGGCUGGAAACAGACUUCCAAGACCUGGUAUGCCAUCAGCGAGCAGCUGUGGCUUCAAAGAGCUGCCGAGCAGCUGGCAUGUCGGUCGCCAACGGGAUCCUCACGGUCCUUAAAGCUUGGAAUGGCAUUUGUGGCCCACAUGAGGUUUUCUCCAUGGGUGUACUUUGUCCAGGCUUUUAUGAUCUCCCAGAGGGCAUCGUCCUCUCAGUUCCAGUCUCCUUCGUGGACGGUAAAUGGUCCGUGCGGUUUGACGUUACGGUCGGAGACGAGCUGAAGGAGAGACUCAAGAUUUCCGCGAGUGAACUCAAACAGGAAAAAGAACUUGGAUCAGAAAUCUGAUUAUUGCUGCUAAAAAAAAAAAAAGAUUUUCCUGUGAGCCUGAAAGAAAUCAUGUAAGACAGGAAGUAAAUAAUCCAAAUAAAAUCCAGUGUUAGUUUCAGUUUGUUCUUUUAUUCUCUUACUUUCACAUGUGGAGUUGCAGUUUUUAUUUUUAUUUUACCAGCCUCAUGACAAUACAUCUUUUACCGCUUUGUGAAACUCGUCCAUAGCCAUUAUGUUUUUAGAUGUAAAAGAUCAAACUGAGUACUUUAUGGAAAAAGGAGAAAUUAGAAAAUAUAUUCCUUUUUUUUCUUAAAAUUGUACAGUUCAGUAAGUGCUUUUUUUUUUUUAGAAGAAGAAGCGAUAUUUUAAGCAUAUAACACACUACUACCAUACACAAACUAGUCUGUUAAUAUCCUUCUCUAUAUCAGAUGUUGUCACGUGCCACCCAUUUCCAGUCAGUCGAGUAGUCUUAAAAAUGAGGACACAUCAAAACUUGUAUUCCCCCAGGUUGGUAAUUAAAUAUUAAACAAACUGAAUUUAAAUGGGCUCUUUUAACCUGAAACAUUCAAAUUUAUAUAUAUAUUUUUUCCUCACAAAUUGUGCAGUACUUUGUCAGUUUGACAAGGAGAACUUGAACAGAGUGCUGUUUUUACAUGCAGAAUAUACAUUUUCUUUUUUUGUUUGUUUAGCAUUUCUACACUAUACACAAGGAGGCGUCGACUGAAAAAAAAAAAAA